GCAACGUUUAACAAGCUUAACUGGCGCGGCGCGCGUUCGUCGCGAUAAAGUUUAUGUAAUUGAAAAUUGUAAAAGUUUAGCUGCAAAGUUUUUAUGAAAUCCAAAGAAUGCAAAUGCGAUAGUUAAAAGCGAAAUGAUAACUAAUUACUAUUGCAUAAUUAUCAAUAUUUAAUUGGUGCCGAAUUUUGAAUGCCGCCUACAUCGGUGCAACAGUUAAUCAAUAAGUGUUCAGUGUUCAAAUUGAAAGCAGAAAUUCAUGCACGCGCACACAUAUACAUAAAAAGCCACAGUGCAACAUAGUAUUUGUGCUGCACAAACGAGCGUAAGCACCAAAAUGCCAAAGUCAUCGACGCCACCAGCCGCUCAGCUGCAUCUGUCCACAUUGUCACAGCGACAGCCUUUCAAACGCCUACUCGCCACAGUGUUGCUGCUUUGCUGCCUGCAAUUGUUGCACAUCAACUGCCAUGCCCUACUACUCAAGUGUCCACUUUAUCAAAUGCGCCUACAGAAAAUUGUUGGCUUCCGGCCGCCACUGGAAUAUCUAACCGAACAAAACCUCAUCUACGCGCCGACGUAUAAUUUCAAGGAUCGCAAUCGCCACAGACGCGAAAGUUACAGCGUUGUAGGUGCGACAGAUGGUCAAAGUCACGAACUGGCGAUAGCCUGCGAAACCGCGAGCGCCAUUUGUUGGCGUUUAUGUAAUGAGGACAGCGAUUGUAUUGCCUAUGUCCAUCUGCUGGACACGAACCAAUGCUAUGGCUAUACGUACUUUGACCGUCAGCCACGCUACCAAGCGAUUGCCAAUGAACUGCCGUUGGUGGCGGAUGCUGAAGCGAUUUUCUAUGAGAAAACCUGUUUGAAGGUGCCCGAGGUGUGCAAACAACGCAAAUGGACGCUGACAAAAAUUCCCGGUACGAGUCUGGUGUUUCAGGGAAAGAAGACAAUAGCAACGCUGGUCACGCGACGUGAAUGCGCCGAAAGUUGUCUCUUUGAAAGCGAAUUCAAGUGUUUGUCCGCAUCAUUUGCGCCAUCCUACCGUAAUAAUCGAGAGAGAUUCAGCCAACAUGUGCCACCCGAGCAACAUGCGAGUAACAAUCAACAACUACAACAACAGCAGCACCAACAACAAACGCAGCAGAAUACAUUGGGCCGUUGCAUACUGAGCGAUAAAGAUAAAAUGAUACAACCCGAUGCCUUCCGGGCUGCGCCCUACGAUGAAGAAUACAUGGAAAACCAAUGUUACGAACGACCGAUCGAGAACGAUAGCUGUUCAUACGAAUUGUAUGCGAACAGUAGCUUCAUCUAUGCGGAAGCAAAGUAUUUGGGUUUAACCCAAAAAGAGUGCCAAGCAUACUGUUCGCAUGAGACGAAAUUCUACUGCCAGGGUGUGUCAUUCUACUUUGAGCACGAUCUAAGCAAUUCGGAAUGUCUGUUGCACUCCGAGGACAUAAUUUCCAUGGGACCGCGCAGCUUGAAGUUGCGUGAGAAAUCUGUCUAUAUGCGUCGCGUCAAGUGCUUGGAUGUGCAGGUGUUGUGCACACAAGACGAAAUGACCAUCAAGUAUACGCCGAAAGAUUGGUUUCACGGCAAAAUGUAUGUGAGUAUGCAUUCGGAUCACUGUAUGGCACAGGGCAACGGCACCAGAAGCACCGUGCUCCGCCUGCCGAUCGGUACCGAGGUCAAAGAGAAUCGCUGCGGCAUAUUGCGUGCCUACGAAGUCACCAAAGCAUAUCAGAGAAUCUUUAUAUCCGCUCUUGUGGUAAUUCAAAAUAAUCCGAAUGUGCAAACACAAGGUGACCGUCUCAUUAAAGUCGGUUGCAUAAUGAGUAACUCGACGAUGCGGCAAGGAGGUACUAAUGAGGAUGGCAAUGAUGAGGAUGAGGUUGAGGGCGAAGAUGUACCGAAUGCCAUAGCAUUGGAAUCAUCGCUGGAGUUUUCACAACACACGCUGCCAAAUGAGGGUGCACUGCUCUUCAAUAGCACCGACGUGCCACUGCUGCCGAAGGUAACGCUACAAAUUGUCGAUAUCUCACAUCAACACGAAACGAACGACGUGCAAAUCGGGCAAAAUCUAGAACUACAAAUCAUUGCUGAAUACUCACCACAUCAGCAACAGUUAGUCAAUUAUGCACUGCCGCCAUUGCCCGAUUUUCGCGCAACUUCGUUGAUCGCCAAAACGCAGGAUAAUCAAAAUUUCGUAAAACUGAUCGAUGAACGCGGUUGCCCCGUCGAUGUAACGGUAUUUCCGGCGCUAGAGCGUGUACGCACCACCACACAAAAUAAGCUACGUGCACGCUUUCAUGCUUUCAAGUUUGCCGGUUCCUCAUUGGUGAAUUUCGACGUAAAAAUACGCUUUUGUAUGCAACGUUGUCCGGAGGAUAUUUGCUAUCGCUAUGGUAGCACCAAUGACAGUGAAAAUGUUAGCAACGCAUCGAAUAAUCGUGUGAGACGUCGUCGACGUCAGGUGCAAGCGCGAACGCCGCCACAAGCACAGGAACCACUGCCGCCACUCUCCACACGCUUCAAAGUACAAAAUCCCGUCUACGUCUCGACAGUGAUGGAUGUGGCUGAGGAUCAGCUUGAGCAGAUGAAUUUAACACGUGAUUUAAAUGCGAAAAAUAUGUCCAUGCAGGAUUUGGGCGUACUACCAUUGAACUUUAAUUUGCACGUGCGUGGCCCCGAUCAGGUCAACAGCAACAGCUUUAUUUAUGGCGAGCGAGGCAUCUUGCUGAUUGCGGGCAUUGAUCACAUGCAAUUGGAUAAUUUUUGCUUGAAUCAGAGUCUUCUCAUAGCGUUAUUGAUAUUCUGGUUAAUCUUCCAAGUCGCGCUAAUGUUCAGCUGUUGCUAUGUCAUACAGAAGUACAAACGUUUGGCGAUGAUGGACGAGGAACACCGCAAGAUCAAAGAGAGUCUAGACUACCUUGAAAGUCGGCGCGUGCACUGGGCGGAUCAAGGCGGUUACACACUUUGAUUGCGAAUAUACUUAAAUUAACGUAUUUUGUAUUUCAUUGUAAAUAAACUUUGAUUGUAAUAUUUAAGUCCAAA